AUGUUGCAUCUUACAUGUCUUGUUUUACCUAAUGCAACCAAUCAAAAGGAUAAAGAUGCUAUAUGGCGGAGUUUUAUAGACUUGAGAUAUUCCAAUCCAAAUCUUAAGGUGAUGGCCAACAAAGGUGACUUCGAUAGUAAAGAGGACUCCAUUUGGUGGAGAGAUGUUAUGUCCAACAAGAUUAACAUAGGAGGCUUGGAGGUAAAUUUCUCUUGUUUUGUCAAAUGUGGUGUUGGAAACGGUAAUGAUAUUCUUUUCUGGGAUAGUAUUUGGUUGGGGAAUCAAACAAUUCGUUCCUCUUUUCCCGAUUUGUAUGAUCUUUCAACCAAAAAACUAUCGUCUGUUGGAGAGAUUUAUCUUGAGCAAGGAGACUCGUAUAGUUGGCAUGCUGACAGGGUGAUAGGUAGGAGUUUUGGUUCGGCAACAGGAGGUAAUCCUGCCUUGGUUCAGGACCGGCAGAGGCACGAUAUUGAUGCUGCCAGUGCGUCUGUGUGUGCUCAAUGGAGUUCUCUCCACUCCAUGUUGCAGUCUGUUUUACUGGCAGUGGAGGAUAUGGAUUCCUUUGUUUGGAUCCUAAAUCCUUCUGGCUUCUUCACUAUAUCUUCAGUCAGGUUGGCUAUGGAGGAAGCUAAAGAUAUUGCUUGGCAGUCGGAAACAAUCAGCAGUAUGAAAAUCAUUUGGGCCCUUAAAAUUCCGCUAAAAAUUCAGGUAUUUACUUGGAGAUUCUUGGCCGGAAGACUUCCGUUAAGAGAUCAAUUGCUGCGUAGGAAUGUGCCUGAUAUUGCAUCCGCGAAUUGCCCUUUUUGUGAUUCUCAAGAGGAAAAUCUACUUCAUUUAUUCUUUGACUGUUCCGUGGUUAAACACAUAUGGGAAAGGAUUUUUGUUUGGUUGGGGGCUGGCCAAUUUUUAUCUCUGGCAGAUUUCAGGUCCUUCAGUGCAAUUCAGGAGAAAGUGAAGUCAGGUAUCAUUAAGGAGAAGAUCAACAUUGUGUGGAUUUCAACUAUAUGGAGCCUAUGGAACAUGAGAAAUUCUAUGGUUUUUGAGAACAAUUUGUAUAGUUUUGAAUGGGUUUUUAACAGUGUCCUUUUCUUCUCUUGGAGAUGGGUGUCUCUAAGUAUUCCUUUGACCAACUUUUGUUUCUAUGAUUGGUUCAAAGUACCCUUAGUAGGUGUUAGUUCUGUUUAA